AUGUCAACAACUCUUACUGAGAGUGUUAACACUCCAACCCACACCAAUGGUGUUGUUGCUGCUGCUAGUAGUCCUCCAACUACUCCAACUACUCCAACUAACAAGUUAAUUAUUAAACCAACCUAUGCACCAACUGAAGAGUACUUGCAAAAGGUUAAAUAUGCUGAAGCUAAUGAUCUCUUCCUUCAUGAAAAGGAUACCACACUUGCUGUCAAGUCUAUUCGUAAUACUAUCAAGAAUGAAGAGGCUCGUCUUCGUAGAAAGUACAAGUUCCUCCAAUAUCAAGAUGCUUUGGGCUUGUUAAUCUUUCUCGUUGGUGUUACUUCAAUGAUUGGUGUUGCUACCUUGUAUUUACAAGGACGUCUUCAUUGGGCAUUGGUUGUACCAUUGCUUGCUUUACCUGCUUCCAUUUUGCAUGAAUUGGAACAUGAUUUGAUUCAUAAUUUGUAUUUCAAGACUAAUCAAUGGGUUCAUCAUGUCAUGUACUUUUUCAUUUACCUAGCUAAAUGUUCAGUUACUCCAUGGUAUAGAAAGUUUAUUCAUUUGCGUCAUCAUCAAGUUUCUGGAUCAAAGGCUGAUCUUGAAGAGAGAUUAAUUGGUGGUGGUCUACCAUUUGGUUUCUUACGUUGGGCACUAAUUAUUACUCCAUGGGCCAAUACAAUGAUUAUUGAAGAUGUUCAAAAAGAUAAUAUGGAUAAUUGGAAUAGAUGGGGUCUUGUAUUCACUUCUGCUCCAAGCGUUGUUUCAUUCGCAAUUGUUUGGCACCUAUUCUUCAGUUAUAUUCGUUCAAUGUUUGGUCUCACUUUCACCGAAUAUGAUCCUGCUUUGUAUUUACCGUUGUGGGCUUGGCCAAUUGUUAGAGAUUUGGGUGUCUUGAUUAUUUUACCUAACAUUUUGAGACAAUCCUGUUUAAAUUUAAUGGCUUCCUAUUGUCAUUAUUAUGCUGAUGUUCCUGCAGGUGAUGUUUUUUAUCAAGGACAAGUUAUUAAUCAUUGGACAAUGAUUCCAUUCCAAUUAUUCUGCUUUAAUUUUGGUGCCACUCACAUUAUUCAUCACUUUGUACCAAAUCAACCAUUUUAUAUUCGUGAGAUUAUUUCCAGAAAGGCUAAUGCUGAAAUGAUCAGACAAGGUGUUAGAAAUAAUGAUUGGGGUAUUGUUGCUCGUGCUAACCGUUUCUAUGAAACUUCAAAGGGUUUAACUGAAAUGGACAAGACUCAAAUCGUUCAACCAGAUCAAUGGCCAAUUCUUUUAAAGAAGGAAAAAUCUGAUUAAUUUAUUAUUACAUUGACACUAACAUGAUAUUGGUCAUUCAUUGUUGUACAACAAUAAGAAGAAUAAAUUAUUAGAUGACUUUG